CGCGUGCCACGACACCAAGUGCACCAAGGCCGAUAUCCCUGUCACAUUGCAGCAUUCCGCAGCUCGACGACGGAUUGACCAUCAAAAUCAGAUUGCACCCAAGAGCGGACGUUGCCAAUUAGACAUCCAAGUAUGGACGCACCAUGGCUCAAAUGGAUCACAGACCAUGAGACUGAGCUCGUUGGUAAGCUCGCCGAAGCGGUCGCAAUCCCAUCCAUCUCUGGCGAUGCAAAGUUCAGACCGGAAGUGCAUCGAAUGAUGAAAUGGGUCGCUGAUGAGCUCGAAUCGCUCUCGGCUUCCGUCGAGAUGCGCCCGCUCGGCGAGCAUACAAUGAACGGCGCAAAGCUUGAGCUUCCACCGAUUGUGUUGGCGACAGUAGGCACGGAUCCCCGCAAGAAGACAAUAUUACUCUACGCGCACGCGGAUGUACAGCCGGCCAGCUCGAAGGAUAGCGGCUGGUCGGGCGAAGAUCCGUUCGAGCUGAGACACGACAAAGCCACAGGAAGAUUGUAUGGCCGAGGAUCGACAGACGACAAGGGACCGCUCGUAGGCUGGCUCAAUGUCCUCAAAGCGCAUGCCGAGACCAAGACUGAGCUGCCAGUCAAUUUGAAGUUUUGUAUCGAGGGUAUGGAAGAAAGUGGUUCAGAAGGGCUUGAUGAGCUUGUCGAGAAGGAAGCCAAGAAGUACUUUGCAGGCACAGACGCAGUAUGCAUCUCGGACAACUACUGGCUCAAUACAACAAAACCAGCGCUGACAUACGGCUUGCGAGGCAUCGCAUACUUUUUCUUGCAUAUCAAUGGACCAGGAUCUGAUCUACACUCUGGUCUAUUCGGCGCAAUGGCAUCAGAGCCCAUGGUCGAUGUGGUUGCGCUGAUGUCGAAGUUGGUUGAUUCUUCCGGCAAGAUCCUCGUGCCCGGAUUGUUGGAUCAAGUCGCAAAGCUCACGCCAGAAGAACGUAAACGCUACGAAGACCUAGACUUCUCAGCGAACGACAUUUACGAUGCUAUUGGCUCAAAGACGACACUUUCAGACGACAAGGUCACUCUGCUUAUGGCACGCAUGCGUAACCCUUCGCUAUCUCUGCACGGUAUCGAAGGAGCUUUUGCAGAGCCAGGCAGCAAGACGGUCAUUCCUUGCAAGGUCACGGGCAAGUUCUCAAUUCGUCUCGUUCCGGACAUGCAGCCCGAAAAGGUUGUCAGCCUCGUACGCGACCACCUCGAGACGGAGUUUGCCAAGCUCAACAGCAAGAAUACAAUGUCUGUCGAAUGUGGACAUGCAGCGAAAGCUUGGGUGGCCGACCCGACAGAUGCAAACUUCACCGCAGCAGCAAAGGCCAUCAAGACAGUCUGGGGCGUCGACCCGCAGCUCACGCGAGAGGGCGGAUCGAUCCCUGUGACGCUAACGUUUGCUGAUAACGUUGCGCCAACAAUGCUCUUGCCGAUGGGCCGAUCUGAUGACGGCGCUCAUUCUGCGCCGGAAAAGCUAGACAUAUCCAACUACAUCAAAGGAACGCAAGUACUCGGUCUGUACUUGCACGAAGCCGCAAAGCUGUUGUAGCGCCCGCCUGUUGUUGCCAUCCGACGUAAGUGCAACCAGCUGCGGUCCGAGCUGUCCUUUGCGUUCACGUUUGCGAUCUACAGCAUACAACAUCUCUCACACAUGCUUUACAAACUUGCUUUCUCCUCUACACUUAGCCCUGACCCACUGGAUUCACUUGAUGACUGAUCCUUGCCGUUCUGGAGUGUUCUUGCAUCUCGUGCUGCGUGAGGAUUUGCAAACGAGAUACCUGUAGCAGGAACGCUCUGCUGUCGCUGUCUCUGUGUCUUCUCAUCCUCGACAAUGCCGCCCUGAUCAGAGAAUGUCGGCGGAUACACAUGUUCACCGGGCAUGCUGUCUUGGCGUGUGCGCGAAUCGCUCGUGAGCUCAGGCACGAGCGAUGCACGCCUCCAUGACUUUGUUCGGUGGAGACU